CUCCACACACUUUCCUUUUUUAUCCAAUUCUUCUCUCUUUAUUCCCCAUAACGUCUAAAACCCUAAACCACCUACUUCUUCCGUACUCUUUUUCAGAGAUGUUAAUGUCGAGGGCUUUAUCACGCGUUUCGAGGAGCGUGAGUGCGCGUUCCGUGCUUCUUUCUGCUCCGAAGAAGCUUCAAAGGCCAAGCUUUUCCACUCAGUUUCACUCUCUUGUUUGUGAAUCUCCGAAUAAGUUGGCGGGUGACGUGUCUCUGCCGCAUCAUUCAAGCCUGAAUUUCUCUGCAUUCCAACGAUUUGGGAUCUCUUCGUCUUCCUCCCCUGAGCCUUCAGAAAAGGAACAUGGGAGUACUGUAGAAAAUAAUGGUCAAGAGCCUGCAAAGCCAAGUGGUGAUACGAAUCCUGGAGAGGCUGAAGUUUCUGAUCAAUCAAAAGAAUCAGGUUUUAGCUUAGAAUCCCGAAAUACAAUGCCUCAAUCUGAUAAAAGAAGGAGAAGAGCCACUAAACGAAUUGCAUUUUCUGAUUCAGAUUCUGAGAGUGAUGGUGACCUAUCAAUGGCUGAUAUGGUCAAACUUGUGGAGGAGAAAGAAGGACUCUUGAAUGCAAAGCAAAAGGAGAUUGAACAAAUGCAGGACAAAGUUGUUCGCACUCUUGCAGAAAUGGAGAAUGUUAUGAGCAGAACAAGACGUGAAGCAGAGAACUCAAAAAAAUUUGCCAUACAGAAUUUUGCAAGGGGCCUACUAGAUGUUGCUGACAAUUUAGGAAGGGCUUCUAUGCAUGUUAAAGGCAGUUUCCCUAAGAUCGAUGAAUCCAAAGACACUGUUGGAGCUGUGCCACUGCUAAAGACACUCCUAGAAGGAGUUGAAAUGACUGAAAAACAGCUUGGAGAGGUAUUUAAAAAGUUUGGAGUGGAAAAAUUUGAUCCUACAAAUGAACCAUUUGAUCCACACAGGCACAAUGCAGUAUUCCAAGUACCUGAUAAUUCUAAGCCUCCCGGCACAGUUGCUCAUGUUUUGAAGGCAGGAUACAUGCUCCAUGAUCGAGUUAUUCGACCAGCUGAGGUUGGUGUUACUCAAGCUCUGGAUAACGAUGCAGCUUACAGUAACACCAAUGACAAAGGCUCUGAUGCUUGAUGAUAGGGUGGGUAGAGUCGUGGCAAAUUUUCAAUCACUUUGCCUGUGUGAUUAGAGUUAUUUACAUAUGAGGUUUUCAUGCUAAGAUUAGUCUUUGCAAACUUUUCUCUGUUUAGAUUUUUGGCCAUCAAUUUCUUGUUUCACUAGUCAUAAUAGGAUGCCACAAGAGGGCUUUUGGUAUGAUUUUCAACCCAAAUAUUCGAUAUAAUGCCAUGCAAAUAGAACAAA